AUGCCCGAUUCUCCACCAUUCGAUCAUUUGCACCAAAAAGAGUACUUGGGGCAGUGGCUGAUCCGAACGCAUCACGCGAUAAGGGCCAAACGGCUUUUGGCCCUGUUGGUUUUCCUUCGCAGUGAGGGCCGUAAUGCGGAGGGCGGAGAGGCGAGUCGCGCUUUUAACAUCUUCCCGAGCACGAACAACGCGGAUUCGCCUUCGCGGCUAUCGCAUGAGGGGCGCGUGCGCGUGGCGUGCGCGGCGGCGAUCACAUACGAGCACCUUUUACACCAGGAAAACCUCACGCGCGUGCUUUUGCGCGAGGAACUUCGCCAGACAAGCCGGACGUGGCGUCAGGCCUCUGUGGGGGCGCGCGGUUUGCUGAGUCUGCACCACCCCCAACUCCGGCGGAUUCUUCUCCUCCCCGGCUCUCUGUGGGGCACUUUUUCGACGGAUAUGUCGGGUGAAAUUCACGCGGAGGAGGGGAACUUUUCGGACUCCCCGCGGACGGCGCCCCCGCCCUAUCAAACGCUUCGCCAUUGCGUGGGGCGGGAGGGGGCCGCGUGGCUUUUGGAAUUCGCCCGACAGGCCAGCGCCAAGCUCGGCUUGCAUGCCGUGGGGGGCCGACCAUUGCUUGAAAGUCUUCACUGGCUAUCGCGAUCUUCCCUGCUCGCGGCCUCGCCGCCCCCCGCGAUCGAUCUUUUGGACGGCCCCAACGAUGUUUUGCCCUACGUGGAUGAUAUCCCGCCGCUUUCGUGCAUGCCGGAGGCCCCGCCGCCGCGGAUGAUGGCGGCCAACGCGCAACCCACCGAGAAGGCAUCCCCGACGAAGGGGGCUCGACUCACCCGAGGGGGGGACUCCGAGGAGGAUGGCUUGGCUUUUGAGGCCAAGGCUGGCCAAGAGGGCAAUGGAUGGGCGCCCCAUUCGGAUUCUUCGCCGUUGUCCAUAAACGAUAGCUCCGCGGAGGCCUCGGAGGGCGCGUUUUCCCCCGCGGAGGACGGCGCCGUUGACCUGGAUUGGGCCCAACUCAACCAGGCCUAUUUGAGUGCCCAGGCGGCGCAGGAAAAGGCCCUACGCCGUUCGCUUUGUCAUCUUAUCGGGCUCGCGGAGGACAAGAUCGAGCAGGGGAAUGGGGCGCCGGAUUCCACCCCUCCUUCUCCUUCUUUUUCUUCUGCGCGCGAGAAAAAGAAGGGGCAAAGGGCGGUGGAAAGCCCCGAGGAUGGUCGGUCGGAUGAGGCGGGGGAUUCGAUCGAUCCGUUUUGUGCGGUCCGGGAGGUUCGCAUGCCGUUUUUGGGGAUGAAGGCCGCGCGCACGGCAGGGGGUUCGGAGAGUCCGUAUUGCGUGAUGUGCGAACUAGGAGGGCGGCUAUCACUGGAAGACCAGCCCGACCACGCGAACGCAAGCGAGGAUCGAGCAGGGGAUCCUCCCGAUGAGGAAUUUCGAUUACUACGCUGUACGGGGUGUAAGGCGCUGGUUCACACUAUGUGCGCCCACCCGGGAGGGCCGGACAGGGCCGAUGUUUGGUAUUGCUCGAAGUACUGCUCCGGCCUGUUGACUUCACACGGCUCCAAUGACUGA